CGCGUGGGAUUGAAGAUUGAAGAGUCUGUGGCAUUCACCUAACCCAUUUGCCUUUACCCAUCAGCUCUCUGUAUCACUCCGGAUGGUCAAUGCAUGUUUUUGCAAGCUUCUCAAGUCUAAAUUGUCCGCCCGACAUCAUAUUCGGACAGAGAAUGACGAAAAAGGAUAGCCAUUGAAGAUAUUCCAUUGAUAUUAGAGACCAUUUACCUUGGAUUUCAUAGAAGCAGACGAGUCUCCGUUCUGAGAUGGGCAUAACGACUACAAACCAAGUUGGUGUCUUUCUGUUGUCGUUCUUUUUCAUUUCCUGUUUUCUUUCUUUGUUUUGCCAUGCGGCCAGUUUAAUCACACAAGGCCAACCCAUAAAAGACGGCCAAACUGUGAAAUCAGAGGGUGAGAAGUUCGAACUGGGAUUCUUCAGCCCCAGAAAUUCAUCUGCACGAUAUGUUGGAAUAUGGUAUUCCGUUCCGGAACUAUAUUCCGUUCCGGAACUAUCUGUGGUAUGGGUUGCAAACAGAGAAAUUCCGAUACCCGAUAAAUCAGGGGUGUUAAGCAUCGGCGAUGAUGGGAAUUUGACGGUUUUCGAUGGAAAUAACGUUUCAGUAUGGACAAGUAAUGUUUCAAUUGCAUCAAAAAAUAUAACAGCUCAACUUGAUGAUAGAGGAAACCUCAUCCUCUCCGGCAAUGACAGUACGGUGUAUUGGCAGAGCUUCAAUGAUCCGACAGACACAUUUUUGCCUGGUAUGAGAGUCCGAGUGAAUGCUGAAAUGGGUGAGAAUCGUUUUUUCACUUCAUGGAAAUCUGCCGAUGAUCCUUCACCAGGAGGCUACUCCAUGGGGAUUGAUCCUCGAACCUCGCCACAGAUAGUGAUAUGGGAAGGAGAGAAUAGGCGGUGGAGAAGCGGGCAUUGGGAUGGACGAAUAUUUUCUGGUGUUCCAAACAUGACAGGAAACUAUUUGUAUGGUUUUGCACUCUCCGCUUCAGAAAAUGGAAGCCGGUAUUUUACUUAUACGGCAAUAAACACUACAGAUAAGUUGAAGUUUCGGAUACGUUGGGAUGGAUAUGAAGAGCAGGUUAGAUGGGAUGAAUAUAAGGGGGAUAAGGGAGUUUGGGAUCUUAUUCAAUCUCAGCCAUCCAACGAUUGUGAGAUCUAUAACAAAUGUGGUGAUUUUGGUGUUUGUAGUGCAGCAGAUUCACCAAAUAUUUGCAAGUGUAUGAAAGGGUAUGUUCCAAGGAACACAGAUCAAUGGAAUAGGGGGAAUUGGUCAGGUGGGUGUGUAAGGAGGACUGAAUUGCAGUGUCAGAGAGAUAUUAGCAACGUCACAGGGGAAAAUGAUGGAGAAGAUGGGUUUUUUAACUUACCGUGCAUGAAGUUGCCUGAUUUUCCUGAUUUAGUGACGUUGGGUUUCAACGAGGCUUGUUCGGACAAGUGUUUGGAGAUCUGUUCUUGUACUGCGUACGCAAAUGUUAACUGGAUUGGGUGCAUGAUAUGGAAGGGAGACUUGGUUGAUGUUCAGCAUUUUAAGAGAGGAGGGAAUACUCUGCAUAUCCGUCUUGCGCAUUCUGAACUAGGUGGCAAGAACAAAUUAUCCACCCUUGUGAUUAUAAUAAUUGUUGUGGCUGGAGUACUGGUACUUGGAGUAUUCGUAUUCUUGCUGUGGAGGUUCAAAACAAAACAGAAAGUUUUGCCCACAGUUCCCUCCAAGUCUGCUUCAUGUUGCAAGUCUCGUCAUGACGUACCAAUCUUUGAAAGGAGCAAAAGUGGAGAACUUUCUACUGAUCUUUCAGGAUCAGUUGAUCUUAACAUUGAAGGAGAUCAAGCAAGUAGGCCAGAAUUACCAUUGUUCAACUUCAAUUGUGUGGUAUCUGCUACCAACAACUUUAGUGAAGAAAACAAGCUUGGGGAGGGAGGAUUUGGUGCUGUCUAUAAGGGGAGCAUUCCUGGGGGGCAAGAAAUAGCUGUAAAGAGGCUUUCAAGACGAUCUACUCAAGGCUUGGACGAAUUUAAGAAUGAGAUUAUACUGCUUGCCAAGUUACAACAUAGAAAUCUUGUCAGAUUAUUGGGCUGCUGCAUUCAAGGGGAAGAAAAGAUGUUGAUCUAUGAAUACAUGCGAAACAAAAGCUUGGAUUGCUUUCUAUUUGACCCAACCAAGCAAACAAUACUAGAUUGGAGGAAACGUAUCACAAUUAUUUUAGGGAUUGCAAGAGGACUCCUUUAUCUCCACCGAGAUUCAAGGCUAAGAAUAAUUCAUCGGGAUCUAAAGGCAAGCAACAUUUUGUUGGAUGAAGACAUGAAUCCAAAGAUUUCAGACUUUGGGAUGGCGAGGAUAUUCGGGGGAAACCAACAUGAAGCGAAUACGAACAGAGUUGUGGGCACCUAUGGCUACAUGUCUCCCGAAUAUGCAAUGGAAGGUCUAUUCUCAGUGAAGUCGGAUGUCUAUAGUUUCGGUGUAUUAUUACUAGAGAUUGUAAGUGGUCGGAGGAACACUAGCUUUCGUUUAUCUGAAUACUCAAGCCUUAUUGGAUAUGUAUGGCAUCUUUGGAAUGAAGACAAGGCAAUGGAGCUCGUUGAUCCUUCUAUUAGGGAUUCAUGCCCUCGAGAUGAAGCGUUGAGAUGCAUACAGGUGGGGAUGCUGUGUGUCCAAGAUUCUGCAACUCAGAGACCAACAAUGUCAUCUGUUGUGUUAAUGCUGGAGAGUGAAGCUGUGACUCUUCCUCUGCCUAGACAACCUAAUUUUACUUCAAUGAGGGGCAGCUUUAUGGAUACAGAAUCCUCUACAGCAGGCCAUGAAAUUGCAUCCUCAAAUGAUUUAACGGUUACAAUGGUUUUUGGAAGAUAGUAUAGUUUUGUCUUUUCUUUUGCUUCAAGUUUGUACAAAGACAGUGAGCAAUGAUUCUUAUCUUUAAUACAAA